AUGCCAAUGCCAGUACUAGCACCAGCACCCCCACCGCCUCCAUUGCUGUCUAAACUGCUAGGUGAGGCUAAGCAGUGCGGGGUGUGGCAGAAGUUGUUGAGUUGUGUCGCUCGCUUGCUUGCAAAGAAAGAUGCCCACAUGGACAACAAAACCAAUUCUAUAGCAGCUCCUGUAGCGUCUUUCAAUGAGAACAUGAUUGGAGAGAUUGAGAACCGCUCAAGCUGUCUUUCAGCUUUCAUAAAUUUUUUGAUUAAAGAGGUUGAAUCACCUGGCUUUUCAGAGAUACCAGAUGUGGAAACAUUUGUUAAACGGCUAGAUGGGGAGCUAUUAUACUUGGUUGAUGAAAGGGCAGUGUUGAAGCACUUCCUACAAUGGCCAGAGCGAAGAGCAGAUGCUUUAAGAGAAGCUGCUUUCAGUUACAGGGACUUGAAGAACCUUGAAAUCGAGGUUUUAUCAUUUGAGGACAACCGCGAAGAGUCUUUGGCUAAGGCAACAAGAAGGGUGCAAGAAUGUUGA